CAAAAGAAAAAGGAGCAAAGUAGAGCGCCACGUCCACGUCACGCAAAGUGUGAGUGUGCUGUACGUGAGAAGGGCGGAGAACUUAAGAUUAUUUCUGAGUGAAAUUUUUUAUAUUAUAAAAAAAAACACAAAAAAAACCCCCCAAAGCUCCAGGUUACUGUAAGAGAGGCAGAGAGAAGCGGGCAGAAGUGCAGGUUCAGAGGGAAAACAGCUGCUACUAAAAGCCACAAUGAGCAAAAUAGAUGAGCCACAGCAUGAUGAGCCUGCAUACUUAAAGGAUGAACCUCCAGCAGAUACAAAUAAAGACCACCCUCAGGUUCAGCCGGGCAUGUUUUCCAGAGUGACAGGAGGUCUCUUCAGUGUCACCAAAGGGGCUGUUGGGGCCACUGUUGGUGGGGUGGCCUGGCUUGGAGGGAAGAGCUUGGACCUCACUAAGACCGCAGUCACAUCUGUUGCUGCUGUUCCUGGCAUGGGAGUAGGAUUGGUGAAAGGGGGCGUAUCCGCAGUGGCCGGCGGAGUAACUGCAGUUGGCUCAGCAGUUGCUAAUAAAGUUCCCAUUGGAGGGGCCAAGAAGAAGGACAAGUCUGAUUGAAGUGUAUGAAUUGUUGAGGGAGAUGCUGUCAUCAGUGACUUUGUUUAUAUGACUCCUCAGUGGAUUGAUGGCUGGUUUGAUAUUCUGCAAAAUUAUUUGUUGGAAUCAGAUCUAUACGCUAGAUCUGUUCUAUGAUUGAGCGACUUCAGUGUACUAGGAGCUUCUAUCUGCUUCUCAGAAGAGGAUGUUUCUGUGUCCUAAGUUUUGUCCUGUGUCCUGUGUUUUGGAACAUGACAAGAUGUGAAUGUUUUGAUCCUAGUAAUGGCAAAAUAUUUUAAUUUUUGAAGUAUUAGUUGUUGAAACUUUGAGACUUGGGUGUUUAGUGAGGGACCACUGUAACAUUGUCAUGUUUCGCUAAGCCACAUUACACCGGGUUUGUGUCUUUGACCAUAAACUGGGGAACACACAUAUCUUUUGUACCAGAGCCUUAGGGGAAAUUAGUACCAUGAGCCAUAAGUUGAAUUAAGACUGGCAUCACUUGGGUAUCCCUCAAUAUACUGCAGGAGAAAAUGUGAUACUGUGGUGGGUUGAUGGAAAUGCUUCAUCUCUCUGAUUGAUUCUGUUUGUGAGAUACAGUCUCUGGGGUCCAGGCUGAACCUCUCAUACAGCUUUGCUCAUCAGUCCCUUUUUUCCACCAGCAAUACAGAGAAAUCCUGAACCUCCAGCCACAAACUAAUGUGUUUACUGUGCACCAAAAAAAAACAGCUAAGGAGUUAUUCCUGUGAGAAUCUGAAUACUGGUAGGAAAUGUUCCUUAGCAAAACAGUUUGUAAGAUUAUUCAGUGAAAUAGCUGUUUAGGUUAGAUUAUAAUAUCUGUUAAAUAAUGGGCCAUUUUUCUGCUCUAGCCUUGCAGUGAAGAUUGUCUAUACAGGUUAGUAUGUUCGACUAUACUUGUUUUAUUUAUCCUAAAUAUUUUUCUCUCUCAGUGGCUUUCAACUUUUUUGUCCAUUUCAUAAAUAGAAGUAUUUUCCCAGGCCAAUACUGCAUUACAUUUUUAUAUGGUGAUAAAGUAAACGAGCAAAGACAGUAUUUUCUCUAAUAUGUGUUCAAAAUCUUUAUUUUCCUACAACCAAAGAAUGCAGAAUGCUCAGUCAGUAUGGGUCUUCUCUGUAAUAAGCAAUAUGCUUUCUUUCCCCUUUUUUCCUUUCUUUCUUUUUUAAAUUUUAUCAAUAUAAGUGUAUUCAUUUUAUACACAAAUAUGUAAGUCUACGCUUGAAUAUAUAAUGUGAAUUAAAUAAAGAAGUAGGGUUCAACAUUG